GUUGCAGCAGGGUUGCGCAGCAAUCCACCAACGGCGUAACGUAAGAGGGAGGAGGAAGAGGAGGAGGAAGAGGAGGAGUGAAAAAAACGCGACAGCCUGACCAAUAAGGCGGAUAUUGCGCUUCUUGCACAUGUCCGAUGUCGUCAUUGGGAAACCACCAUCUCUGUGCCUCCAUCACCUCCCUGCGCGGCAGACAUGGAGCGCGGGCGGAGAGUCCGGACUGAUGCGACAACAUCAAGAUUCAACCAGCUUAAUGGAGAAAACUAGCGGAGUCCCUUUAAGAUGACACGCACGGACCCACCGGACAUACUGGUAUCAACUGUGCAUCAAGAUAUAAAAGUUGUCCCAAUUUCGUCACAUCGCAAGUCCUUGCAAGUCUCUAGACAAUGUGAUACAUCAAAACGCAGCACACUGGAGGACAGUAAAAGCAAAGUCAACAAGAGGCACUGCCGUACAUUUGACUACUGGUCAUUAGAGUACCCAAAGACUAACCACUACUCAAUGGAUUCCCCAUACAGGAAAGCAGACAGGCAUGCAGCCAAUCCAGACGUUGCCUGGAAUGCCUUGGGCCGCCAGCAGAGGUAUCGCUUCUCUGCUCCAGACAUUUUUAGUAACAGGUUAACGCCUCAACUGGUGGCUGCAGAAAUGGCAGGAGAGGUGGUUGUUCCGGAGCAAAAACGAAGGACUAGAUCAAAGAGUGCCACCCGCGUACAGACCAAUCUCACUCCUGUGUCUUUCGAGGGGUACCCUGCUUCAGGGAGGAAAGGAAGAGAGUCUCACCGAGGAACAAGAGACUCUCGUUGGAGGGCUGAGGUUUCUCCACGCAGGGAGGCCUCUUACGCUUCAACACGGACUCACAUGCCUGAAGUGCACCCUAUAAAAUUGCAGCCUCAAAUAGGGGACAGCAGUAGAUAUUCACCCCACUAUGCUGCUGAUAAUCCUGAAGAUGGUGGGGUAGAUAAACCAGCAACAAGUCCCCAUGUCCGCUGCCGUGUGGACAUCAAGCCUGAUGAUGCAGCAUUACAUCGCUCUGGAAGAAAAGCUACUACACCUCAGAUGGACAUUCCAUGGCAUAGGCAGGGCUCUGGAGGUCGGAGUCUGACCGUGCCACGCCAUUUCUCCUACUCUCGAACUCCAACUCCGACCGAUUCUUUGGGUACAGAGAGUAGGAAAGCUUAUCAAUAUUCUUCCAGCGUGCCCAGCAGUUAUGUACAUCCCAUGGAGAUUCCUGUGCAAAGAAUGCCUUCAUCUGGGGAUUAUUAUGGGAGAGAGCGCCGAGCCCAUUCCAGUCCCAAUGUGCCAACCAAGUUCUUUUAUGCCGAUGACCCGGGAAGGUACGUCACCACAGCCCCUCCACAGCCAAGUUCUUACUUUCACGACGAACGUUACACGCCAGGCCAAACAUAUCCACCUAAAGUGCAAUAUGUACAGGAUCCAAGGACUCGAAUGGUGCAUGCUGUAGCUACAAGACAAUACUACCCUGAAAUCGAGCACUAUCCGUACUCUGUUCAAACAGGAUAUCCCAAAACCUACACGGCAAAUGAGCCGGCCCCAUACAUCAUACAAACCCCUCCCUCCAGAAUAUUCUAUGGGGAUGAUCCGAGGUCUUAUCAAAUUCAAACUGCUCCGCCAAGGUUUUACUAUUCGGGAGAUAUGUAUGCCAUGCCACCAGAGCAUCAUAUCCCUGCAAGGGCAUAUUACACAGAGGGCAGAAGAAGGGCCAGAGUCCUCCAAUCGCAAACUGAUGACUGGUAUGGUUCAGACGCCUCUGGUUAUUCUACGAACCCUGCUUCAUUUAUAUCCCAAGGGACUCCGACCAGGGCUCCUCCUGAGGUAUUACCACCAUGGUAUACCAACCCGUGUCUAGAACCUCAAAGAAUUGUGAGUGAGUCUAAAUCUUACUCCAGGUCCUGGGACAAUAUCCUCAACUCUCGUGUGGAAAGGGAACAACCCUUGUCUGUUCAGAGGCGCCAGAGCUAUGAUGAUAUUCUUGACUCCAGAAAACCAACAGGAGCCACAACUGACAAACCACAACCAGUAGUUGUGAACCUCUCCACUUCACCCAGAAGAUAUGCAGCCUUAUCUUUGUCGGAUAACUCACUGAUCGACAAGAGCCCGACAGAAACGUCAAAGAGUGCAACAAGUAAACUUUGGUUUGCAACACCUGAAAUUACGAUAACAGAUAAUGACGUUCGUAUCGGAAACCUCUGUAAAGCAGAAGGCCGGUCUGCCAGUUGGGAUGUUCUUGACUCCAGAAGCACAGAUGCUGCCGACAUGGGUCAACAAAACUUGGAAGGUUCAACCAAAGACAAGGCACAUGAUAACGCCUCUCUUCAGCAAAGUCUUGAACAACUUGAUGAGCUUCUGGCAGACCUUGUGACAGACUACAAGCCUCCCAGUAGAAGAACAAGUGAGGACAUUCUUGACCAGCUAAAAAAACUAAUAGACGAAGAGGAAGCAGUGUGUCUUUCUAGAAAGGGCUCAAUGGCAGCUAAAGAAGAACCCCCGCCUCUUGACAAGCAGCCGACACCAUUCAGAUUGAACCCUGAUGCGUUUCAAGACAUGGAUGCCGCGAGUGAUGCAAUGAAGAGUGCAGAUGAGUGUUCCCCUGAUAAGAGUCCAGACGAGGACGAUACAAUGAUGUGUUCCAACAACAACUGUCGCAGGACAGAGACCCUCUUUAAUGCUUGCCUUUAUUUUAAAUCUUGCCACAGCUGCUACACCUAUUAUUGCUCCCGGAACUGUCGAAGGGAAGACUGGGAUAUUCAUAAAGAAAGUUGUGUGUAUGGAAGAAUAGGCAGCACAUGUCGGCACAUCAUCAAACACUGCAGAGAGACGGUACAAGUCCACAAAGCAUUUUCCCGCAUAGCGAAAGUUGGAUACCUGUCUCGUGGCAGAGGGGUUCUCUUCCUUGGUUUCCCGAAUCCUGCAUCAUCCAGCAACUUUCUGCAGUAUGGCCUGGACAGUCUGCCGAUGUCUCCGACGUACCUCUCGCUCAGAGAACUAGAAAGUUUCAAGGACAACUUGGGCGAGUACUGCAAGGAGCUACAGGAAGCAGGCAAAGAGUACGACCCAAAUGAAUGUUUCAUCUUGAAUGUAUCCAUAGCAGUUGGUGAGCAACUGCCUGAUGGGCCAUCGCCAAGGAACCAGGCUCCAACUGUUAGGAAAUAUGCAAAGGUCGCACUUGCUUCCUUCAGCCCUGAAAGAAAAGGCCACAAGAAAGAGGGCGACAUGGAAACCCUGAUCCUCACUCCACCACCGGGAACGGCAGACAUCGACAAAGACGGAGAGGAAGGCAGAAAGGCCAGGGAAAUCUGCUUUAUCAACAUACAACGCGAGUUAAGGAUUCGAGGAGUUUUCCUCCGCCACGAGUAUCCACAGGUGUACCAGCAGCUCUGCGAGUUUGUGGAAAAUAACAGACGAUUCACCCCCACCACCAUUUACCCCAUCGACAAGAGGACUGGUAAACAGUUCAUGUGCAUGAUCAUGGCUGCCUCUGAGCCCAGGACUUUAGACUGGGUAGGUACACCCCACCUCCUGGAUGACAUCAUCUAAAAUGAGCCCCUUGUUGUAAAUAUAUAUGUAUAGAAAUACAUAUAUAUUGUUACACAUAUUUAUAUAUCUAUCUGAUUCCAAACAUUUCUAGAUGGGUAUUUUGUUAUCAAAAAGAACUAUAUUCAUGUGUGCUUGGUCAGUAUUAUUCUUGAUCAGAAUACUUCCUGUCAGGUGCAGAAUGAGUACUUCAAUCAUUCGAUUCUUUUUAACAAAUACAUACAUCUGUUCGAAUCAUCAUGAGUUUUACUGUAUUUUUGGCCAUUUACUGUUACAACCCAUGAAGUGGGAUUAUUACCUUAAGACAUGCUGGUGUUAAGACUUUUUGAAAAAGAGACACUAUCGUAUACCACAUCCGACCUCCAUCUCAGUAAGAACGAGACUAUUUUUCAUACUGUAUGUGACAUUCAUGGAAAACCAUGCAGAAGCUUUCCGACAAUAUUUUCUUAGAUACAAAAACUAUGCAAAGUGAAUUAUCUUAUCUUAUCUUAUCUUAUCUUAUCUUAUCUUAUCUUAUCUUAUAUUAUAUUAUAUUAUAUUAUAUUAUAUUAUAUUAUAUUAUAUUAUAUUAUAUUAUAUUAUAUUAUAUUAUAUUAUAUUAUAUUAUAUUAUAUUUACUACAUUUGUGAUUGGAGGUUUUAUUGAGAAUAAUGGGAUCUGUUUGUGGGAUGCAUUCCACACAAGGAAAUAUGGGGGAAGGGAUGAAACUGUGCUGAAAAAAAUGUGAAAAAAGAAACACAUUUCCUAAUUCUAAUUGUGUUCUCGCUUGCGGCGGGGACUGUGUCGAACUUGAAAACUGCCUCAGUGGUGAAUAUUGUAAUGGCAGAUGUUGACAACCCAACGGUCGGUGUUGAUCUGCUCUGUUCAGCUGGAAACACUGUGAAUAGUGAGAAUACUCUACUGCGUACGUAAACCUCGGUCCAAUACCAAGCAAUCAUGCAACUUUACUUUACUGCUGAACUCGGUGAGUUGUAUUUUAAAUCUAUUUACAGGUAAAAAAAAAAAUUAGCAGCUCAAGUUUUAAUUAGGGGGGAAAAAAGGUGCGCCAGACUUGGCAAAGUAGCUAUUUGGUACAUUAAUGCUUGAAGAAGACAUUAGUUGUGUGUUCGUGCUGCACUAGGUUUAAUAAAAGUGUGAUUUAUAUCGUUCAGUUUAGGGGUUUCAAUGGAGUGAAUCAUUAGCGUGGUGAUCGGUCCAAGAAGUUUCAGAAGUGUAUCAAUGCAACUUAGCCGUGUUGCCUCAGUCUCUGUUUUCAAGAAUGCUCGUCGACGACCUUCCUCUCUGAGAGAUGACUCCUCCAGGCUCGGAACGCUGAUAUCCAAACCCACUCCUGAUCUACGGUUCGAUAAGCUGUUUCCUCCCGAAUGACUCUCCGUCUACUGCCCUCCCCUGUGAUCUACUGUAGGCUUUUCCAUGAGGUACAAUGAAACUUGAAGCACAUUUAUCUCAUCCAUCACAGAGUCACACUUGUCUGACUGACGGGUGGUGCUGUACAGAUGUUGCUGGUGCAUGUGGUUCUGUUUUAUAUACUCCUUUGAACAUUGCUAAUGAUAGUAACCUGCUUGAUGAAUGGAUCGUGAAAGUGAAACUACUAUGACGUGUAAGAUGAAAAAAUACAUUUGUCAGCCACUUCAGUUAAAAUAAUCUGUAAAUGAAAAAGAGACCUCACCAAAAUGUCUAGAAACCAGUCAUCUUGUAUUUUUUUAUACUUUCAACAUAUGUGUCUGAGUGUGACUAUUUAUAAACCAUAUCUAAUAAAUGGAAUGGGAACUAAGUUUGCAGUUAU